GUUCUCUUCGCCUCUCCGUCAACGCCAUCCCGUAUCUCCUUCCUUCCUUCGCCUCCUCUUCCCCUCUCUCUCAUCUUCUUCUCAAGCAAAGUAGCAAGAAUCCGGAGCUUGGAGAAGCAAAUCCUUUUCGUUCUUGGUCUAAAUUGUAGCUCGUCUUGAUGAAUUAGAGGGCGGGCGAAUCCGUUUGCUGGUUUCGGACAUCCGAAGAGCGAGAUGCGGUCCAGGACAGGCGGGAGAGCGGCGGCGGCGUUCAGCCCCAUUAAGGAGUCGCCGGCGGCGGAGAAGGCGGCGGAGUGGGAGGUCAGGCCGGGUGGGAUGUUCGUCCAGAAGCGCGACCCCGACGCCGACGCGGCGGCCGCUCCCGUCCCCACCAUCCGCGUCAAGGUCAAGUACGGCGCCGUGUACCACGAGGCCUACGUCAGCUCUCAGGCCACUUUCGGGGAGCUGAAGAAGGUGCUGUCGGCCAGGACGGGGCUGCACCCGCUCGACAUGAAGCUGUUGUACAAGGACAAGGAGAGGGAGUCGACGGCGUUCCUGGACCACGCCGGGGUGAAGGACAAGUCGAAGGUGGUGUUGGUGGAAGACGCCACGGCGCAGGCCAAGCGCCUCCUCGAGGUGCGCAAAGCCGACAAGAUGGAGAAGGCCACCAAGUCCAUCUCCGCCGUCAGCCUCGAGGUCGAUCGGCUCGCCUCCAAGGUGUCGGCGUUGGAUGCGAUCGUGAGCAAAGGCGGGAGGGUGGCGGAGAACGACGUGACCAAUCUCAUCGAAUCGUUGAUGAACGAGCUGAUAAAGCUGGACGCCAUCGUCGCCGACGGGGAUGUCAAGCUGCAGAGGAGAAUGCAGAUCAAGCGAGUGCAGAGGUACGUGGAGACACUGGAUGCCAUCAAGAUCAAGAACGCAAUGCCGAGAGCGAAUGGUCGUCCACAGGCCAAAGAGCAGCCGCAAUGGCCACACCAGAAGAGUCACCAACCGCAUCAUCAUCAACAGCAAAUGAGGGACACGCAGAAUCCGGUUCGACCGCAAAUGCAGCAAAAGAAGAUGCAUUUGCAGCAACCACAGAAUGGGCUGCCGCAGCAACCGGUGGUGGUGACGACGAACUGGGAAACGUUCGAUUCCCUGUUCAUGCCAUCCACAACCACGCCUACCCCGGCCGCCUCGUCCACUCCCCAUGCCAAGCUCGACUGGGAGCUGUUCUGAGCUUCCGACGCAUGCAUGCAUUGCUGCUAAUGGUGAGAUCAUCUUGAAGAACGCUUCCUACUACUAGUCUCUGUGCAUAGAUCCACGAGAAAUAAAUGGACUCAUAAUAGCUGUGCGCCAUCUACCAUUCGAAGGUAAACAAGGACAGCCCAUACUACUUAGCAUUGCUUGUCCACACACCAUAGAAGGUCACAAGCUUGAUGACAGUGGUUUUGUAUUGCUGGCUCUUCUCAUCGACUUGAUAUAAGCCCAUCAUUUAGGCAAUGAGAGUAGCCAUUGGGACA